AUGUUGCGUCUCCUGCACCAAACAGCUCUCGGGCGGGACUACAUUCACGAAAAGGGGGUCGUCCAUGGCGAUCUCAAGCUCAACAACAUCCUUGUGGGGGCGGAUGGCUUGGCGAAGCUGGCAGACUUUGGGUUGAGUACUAUGCGGUCCUGUUCCACGCGCUCUAAAGGUGAAUUAGUGACAGGUGCGCUGCGUUGGAGCGCUCCUGAGUGCCUAACGAGACGGCCGACCUUCGCCUCCGAUGUCGACUCCUUCGCAAUGUGCAUCAUCGAGGCCUCAAUGGGUGAGCCUCCUUUUGCUCUCUUGGACGACAUCAUUGUCCGUGAGAACCUGAAAGAUGGUUUGAUACCGGAACAGCCUGAGGAAUUGAACGACAACGAGUGGGAGUUGGUGGUUGCGAUGACGAAUGCGUACCCUGCAAAACGC